AUGCCGACAGUUCACUUGCUCGACUAUGUCGCCGGCAACGUCCGCUCCCUCGUCAAUGCCAUCGAGAAGGUUGGCUACACCGUCGAAUGGGUCAAGACGCCCGCGGACGUGCCCUCUGCCGAGAAACUCAUCAUUCCUGGCGUCGGCCACUUCGGCCACUGCAUGUCCCAGCUAGAGAAAGCCGGCUACGUCGAACCCAUCCGCGAACACAUCAGGGCGGGGAAACCUUUCAUGGGAAUAUGCGUCGGUGUGCAGGCAUUGUUUGAAGGAUCAGAAGAGAGUCCUGAGGUUAAAGGUCUGGGAGUCAUCCCUAUGCGACUACGGAAGUUCCAGGACGCAGACAAGAGUGUACCACACAUCGGAUGGAACAGCGCGAACACAUCGCGCACCGGAGAAGUCACGGAUGACUCAUUGUACGGGCUGCGACCGACGUCGAAAUACUACUAUGUCCACUCCUACGCCGCGAUAUAUGAGGAGGGUCUGUUAGAGAAGGAUGGCUGGGCAGUCGCUACAGCACGGUACGGCGACGAGGAGUUCAUCGGCGCAGUCGCAAAGGGAAACAUCUUCGCCACACAAUUCCACCCUGAGAAGAGCGGCGCAGCAGGACUUCGCGUCCUAAAGGCUUGGUUGGACGGCAAUAUGUCACAAAAGCUACCGGAAAAGUCAUCAGCAGCCGAAACAAAAGAAGGCCUAACAAGACGCGUCAUCGCCUGUCUCGACGUCCGAACCAACGACCAAGGCGAUCUCGUAGUGACAAAAGGCGACCAAUACGAUGUCCGCGAAAAGGAAGGAGCCGGCGGCGGAGUGCGCAACCUAGGCAAGCCCGUCGAAAUGGCAAAGAAAUACUACGAACAAGGCGCCGACGAAGUCACCUUCCUAAACAUCACAUCCUUCCGUAACUGCCCCGUAGCCGACACACCCAUGCUCGAGAUCCUGCGCCGGACCAGUGAAACUGUUUUCGUUCCUCUGACAAUCGGCGGAGGCAUACGCGACACAGUAGACACAGACGGAAGCAAGAUCUCCGCUCUUGACAUCGCAACCAUGUACUUCAAGUCCGGCGCAGACAAAGUAAGCAUAGGCUCUGACGCCGUGACCGCAGCGGAAGAAUACUACGCGCGAAGCAGCAAACUCUCUGGCACCACGGCCAUAGAAACCAUCUCAUCUGCCUAUGGUAGACAAGCCGUCGUCAUCAGCGUAGACCCCAAGCGCGUAUACGUCCCCUCGCCCGACGCGACUCCCCACCACACUAUCAAAACCACAACUCCAGGUCCCAACGGCGAGGAAUACUGCUGGUACCAAUGCACCAUCAAGGGCGGACGCGAAGGCCGCGACUUCGACGUCCGACAACUCGUCACCGCAGUCGAAGCCAUGGGCGCAGGAGAGAUUCUGUUAAACUGCAUCGACAAAGACGGAAGCAACAGUGGAUUCGACACAGAGCUCAUCAACGACGUCAAAGACGCGAUCAAGAUCCCUGUUAUCGCGAGUAGUGGCGCAGGACACCCCGGUCAUUUCGAAGAGGUGUUUGCCAAGACGAAGACGGAUGCUGCGUUGGGUGCUGGAAUGUUCCACAGAGGCGAAUACACAGUCAAACAAGUUAAAGACCACCUGCAAGAAAAGGGACAGGUCGUGCGGCCGUUCGAAAACGAUAUAUAA